CAUGUUGAUAUGAACAUUAGAGAAACACAUCAUGGAGCUGAAAUAUGAUCCUGCUUCCUCAUUUGGACUCAUUCACCUCAGCUGACACAUUCAACAGCAGACAGGUUUUUGUAGCAGUCUGUCUCACUGUGGGAUGCGGUUACUCCAUCUUGGGCUCUGGAACUAAACUGUCUGUAACAGAUGGAAAUCAGAGCACCCAGAAAAGAACAACACAGGCACCGAGAGUUCAUGCAAACACACAGCAGAGCCCCACCCGACCAGCAGCAGGACCCAGAGUCCACGUGAAGGGGAACAGCUCCCUGCUGUGUGUGCCCCCAGCCAUGUUUCCUCAUCUGGUCCAGCUGUCGUGUAAAAGACAGAAGAAGAACAGCCGGCUGGAGGAGCUGGAGCUCAGAGAGUCGGGACGCAGUGCCUCCAUCUCACUGAUCCAUGAGCAGGAGAACAGCACAUAUAAAUGUAGCUGCUGGGUGAAGCACGAGGGGGGCACAGUGGAGGCCCAAACACAACAAGAGGUUCCAGCUCCAGCAGCCUCCUGUCCUCCAGAGAGAGAGCCAGCAGACCUGCCAGCUCUGCAGCCAGCUGACUUGUCCUUCCAGUCUCAGUGCAGGGUGAAGCUGCUCUGCCUGCUGUACACAGUGCUGAUAGUGAAGAGUCUGGUGUACUGCUGUGGACUCUCUCUGCUGAUGAUCCUCACAAACAAGGGACCGUCCACCAACUGCACACAUGCUGACUGACUGUUUUCUGCUCGCCUUUUCUCACCAUCAGAUUUCCUGGCUCAGCAGUCAGAAACAUAAAUCAACUUCUACUUGUUUCAGUGUUUCUUUAUUGAGUAUUUGAUCUUUUCACAUAUAAUCAUCUUAAAUGUCUAAUAUAAAUGAAUAUAAUAACCAUAUUUCAUGUGUUUCAAUGAAGUAUAGAUUCUUUAUGUGAAGUUAUUUUUUGUACAUCUCUGCAGAAAAACUCGGGUGAUGCAUUCAGAACCCACCAUGCUACAAUAACAGUGUAGUUAUUUGUUUGAAGUAAAAAUAAAGAUUUGAAUUUUA